AUGGAAGAAGAACAUCUUGUACGUUUUUAUGCCGACGAAGAUUCAAGUUUCGAUGAUCGUAACAGUUCUGAUGAUCAUUCAAGUGUUGAAGUUACUUCAAGCAUUGAUGAAUGUGAAAAUGAACUAGUACGUUUAUCAACAUAUCUUCAAUUAGAAUCCGAUUAUGAAAAUGGUGAUGAUCAAGCUAUUGAAUGGCCUGAGCCACCUCCAUCCUUAAUUUCUCCAGACUCAUCUGAUAUCGAAGAAUUAAGUGAUUCACAUCAAGUGAUAUUGUCCGCAACGUCACUUCAUAACGAUAAUAUUCAAGAAAAAUGUACGAAACGUAAACGACGCCAAUGGACAAUAAAAGAAAAACUUAUUGCUGUUACAUUGUUCGAUAAAAAUCAAAGUGGUAAAAGAAAACAAUUAGGUGGUGGUGGUAAAAAACUUGUUUACGUUGAUCUUGAUGAUCAACUUUUUACUUGGUACCGGUCACGACGAACCGAUCCCACACAUAAAUCUAUUGCUCCAGCUGAUAUUUGA